AGGGGGUGAAGUAUCUUGACUCUCAGUAUCAGGGUUUGCUGUCUGCCAGUACAGUACUGUACUGGAGAUGCCAAGAUGGCUGCAAGCAAUUAUUUCGGCUUCACACAUGGUGCCGGUCCGCAAUACAGUACCCAGCCUCCCCCAGCCUACUCCCAUCCCUCCACAGCCAGUUACAGUGUCCAACAGGCUCCAGCUGUGGCUCAUGCAGUGACUGCGUCCUACUCUCCCGCUCCAGUCCAGGCAGCCCGGCCUGUGGUCACUGCCCCGUAUCCUACCUAUCAGAGCCAUCAGGCUCCGCCUGACUAUGCCUACAGGCAGCCCGGCACCCCUGCACCCCCACAGCCCACCACCACCCCGCAGACGUACCAGGUAUACUCAGAAACGCAGGACAACUACAGCUACGGGCGUCCUGCAGCUGUGACUACCUAUGACAAUAAGCAGUACUAUCAGACCAGUAUCGCUACGGCUCAGAGGACACCCACAGAGAAUUACUACCAGACUGUGGGCGUAAAGAGUGCUUACAGUCCAGCCCCCACCACUGUGUACAGCCAGCCUCCUCCUCCCCAGAGGCAGGUAACGGCCCUGAAGCCUCUGGCCCCAUCCAGCUCUGUGUCCACCAGCUAUAACAUCUACCCAGUGUCCACCAGUGUCCAGCAGCCGCCCACACCCAUUUCAUCUUACACCCUCGGGUCCUCCUUUGGCUCCACUGUUUCAGCCACGACCUACUCAGGCAUUAGCUACUCCAGUUAUGACUCAACUGGCUACACCUCCACAUCCACCCCCUCCUAUUACCAGCCGGCCCAGCAGACUCUCACCCAGCCGCAGCCUCCACCUCAGCAGCCGCAACAGCCCCAGCCCCCCAUUCAGCCGCCACCCAAGCAGCUGACGAGCUCGUCCUGGAGCAACUCGGGCAGCAACAUGGUGACAGCACCGGCUGGCAACACCUACAAAAAGCCGACGUUUCACCAGAGCAAGCUGCAGAAGCCCAAAGGGCCUCCCAAGCAGCCCCAACUCCAUUACUGUGACAUUUGCAAGAUUAGUUGUGCAGGCCCUCAGACGUACCGGGAGCACCUUGAGGGCCAGAAGCAUAAGAAAAAAGAGGCUGCCCUUAAAUCAGGAGGGCAGACAGGGGCCAGCAACGGGCCGAGAGGGGUCCAGACCCAGUUACGCUGUGAGCUAUGUGACGUCUCCUGCACCGGAGUGGAUGCCUAUGCCGCCCAUAUCCGUGGGGCCAAACACCAGAAGGUGGUGAAACUUCACACCAAGCUGGGCAAACCUAUACCUUCCACUGAGCCCGUGUUGGUUAAUUCGGCUCCAGUUAUCACAACCUCGACAGCUGGGAAACCUCCGGUCUCUUCAUCCACUGCUGCCUCUGUCUCAACCACUUCAACUCCCGCUGCGACACCCAAACAGGUGGCAGUAAACGCAACGGCCAAAACAGCAGCACCAGUCCAGAAGAAACCAGCUCCUACAAAAAUAACUGUCAUUUCCAAUAAGCCUGCCAGCGCUCCAGCAGCUACAGUGACAGCAGCAGCAGUGGUGGUGGCUGCCAAGGUGGAGGAGCAACAGUCCAUUCAGAGGAUGGAGCCUCACAGCGAUGAUGACGACAGUGACAGAGCCGGAGGCCAGGGUGACAUUCAGCCAGUGGGACACGACUAUGUGGAGGAGGUUCGUAACGAUGACGGCAAAGUGAUUCGAUUCCACUGUAAACUGUGUGAGUGCAGCUUCAACGACCCCAACGCUAAAGACAUGCACCUGAAGGGGAGACGGCACAGACUCCAGUACAAGAAGAAAGUGAACCCUGAGCUUCCUGUGGAGAUCAAGCCUAGUAACCGGGCCAGGAAGCUGCAGGAGAGCAAACUGAAGAAGCAGAAGCAGAAGGCGGUGCUGAAGAGACAGAGAGAUGAUGAGCAGCGCUGGCACAUGGAGAUGAGGUCAGACCCAUGGCCAAAGCGAUAUGAGGAAGACAUGUACUGGAGGAGGAUCGAGGAGGAGCAGAUGUACUGGGGGGAGCAGAGACGCAGAAUGGCGCCUCCACCGCUCAUGAGCCGCCCUGGUAUGCCAGUACCCCCUCUGCUGACGUGUGUGCGUCGGCCAGACUCCCCUGAUGACCGUCACAUCAUGGCUAAACACUCUACCAUUUACCCGGUAGAGGAAGAGCUGCAGGCUGUUCAGAGGAUUGUCUCCCACUCUGAGAGAGCCCUUAAACUAGUGUCAGACUCACUUCUGGAGAAGGAGGCACCAGCUGUUGAAACCGCUGCUACCGAAGGAGGAGAGGAAAAAGGUACUGAGAACGCAGCACGGCUGCUAAAAGGUGUGAUGAGGGUGGGCAUCCUGGCCAAAGGCCUGCUGCUACGUGGGGACAGAAAUGUUGAGCUCAUCCUGCUAACCGCUAAGAAACCCACCAUCACUUUACUGAAGAACAUCGCCAAGCAGCUGCCCAAAGAACUCGAGACAUUUUCUGAAGAUCAGUAUGAGGUGCAGGCUCACCCCGAGGAGGCGAACAUCGUGAUAUUUUCAAGCAAGGAGCCCAAAAUGCAGGUGACCAUUUCUCUCACCUCGCCGCUGAUGAGGGAGGACCCUGCUACUGAGAAGGACAAGCAGGCAGCAGGAAAAGCGGCUGAGAAAGGUGUGGCUGAAAAGGACCCAACUGAUCUUCUGAAUAAGAAGAAAUGUCUGGAAUACCUGGCUGCUCUCCGACAUGCCAAAUGGUUUCAGGCUCGUGCCAACGGGCUGCAGUCCUGCGUGAUUAUCAUUCGGGUGCUAAGAGAUUUAUGUCAGAGGGUUCCCACCUGGGGGAAGAUGCCCAGCUGGGCGAUGGAGCUGCUGGUGGAGAAAGUGAUCAGCAGUGCUGCAGGCCCGCUCAGCCCAGGAGAGGCCAUGCGCCGAGUCCUGGAGUGCAUCUCCACAGGCAUCCUGCUACCAGAUGGACCAGGGUUGAUGGACCCCUGUGAGAAAGAGCCAACAGAUGCUCUGGAGAGCAUGAUGCUUCAAGCCAGAGAGGACAUAACUGCCAGCGCACAGCAUGCGCUGCGGCUGCUUGCUUUCCGUCAGAUCCACAAGGUUCUGGGCAUGGAGUCUCUGCCGGCGUCCAAGGCCAGCGCUCGCAACCGCAAGCGUCGGCGGGACGGCAGCGAGACGGGCGAAGGAGAGGGGGAAGGCAAGAAGGACAAGAAGGAGGAAGCAUCGACUGCUUGACCUUUGUGUCCACAGCGGAGGCGUUUGCUAGUUUAGAGACUGGUAGAAUGUCACAACUUUAAACUUUUUCUUAUCUCGAAAACAAUCUUAACACGCAGCUAUACACAUAUGAAUAUAACUGACUGUACAUGUUACAUGUCUGCCCUUGAAUUAGGAGGAGUCAUGUGUUGGGAGGAGGAGACUGAAGCUUGAGAACCUGUACUGCAAAUCCUUCUCUCGUAUAGUAAUAUCCCACAAGAUUCAGUGUCUUUUAAAGUGUGCAGAGGAAAUUGAAAAUCAUGAAAAUGACUGAUUGCAUUAUUGCACACAAACUACUGACCAUCCCUCCCCUGUUUAUUCACCGUAGCUUAACCACUAAAGUGUACUACAGUUGUGUUGUUUUCUACGAUGUUGAAGGGGAGCUUUGGUUUGUUUCAACCUGGACCCUACUUUUCCAUGUUUUUGUGUCAAAGUGACUAAUGGGAACAACAUUUUUUAUUAAAGUGGUCCAGUAUUGAGAAAAUAGCAGCUGUAAAACAAGCUUCAAUGUAAUCCCUACGGGUAAUUGUGCACCAUCAAUUAACGUCCACUACAAGUGCUUGUUUUGCCACUGACAGGCUUAUAGAAGAAAGACCCUACAGAGAAAUGAAACAUUUGUCCCGUUUGUUAUUGUGACCAAAUCUCACUCAAAGACAAGUCUCCUUAUGAAAUCUUGCGAAAGGCUACUUUUUGCUGGAAAAACAACGGUAGAGGCAUUACAAAGAGUUGGAGAGAGGAGUGUCAGGAAGAGUUUGAUGUGUUGGAGUACAAGAAAUGUAGCUUAAGCCCUGUUUCCACCAAACACUUCCGGUAUGGUACCUUUAAAACAAAAGUAGCCCUGCAGACUACUUUUGUCUCUCUCUGGGAUAUUUAAGAAUAGUGGGUUUGUGCAUUUAGUCCUUCUCAGGCAAGCUCAGGGGUUUAGUGUUGCGGAGUCCACAGGAAUGACGCUCUGUGAUGCUUUUUUCCCUCUCCGAGCAAGGUUUGAUACACACAGUUUAUAUAAUCUUUUAAACACUUGAAGAUCCACUCAUAUCUAAAAGUGUCCGUCAUCCAAGAGAGGGAAUUAAAACUAAAGUAAUGGGCAAAGUUUCAUUGGAUUGACGUCGUCAUACAUGACUAACACAAGUAGUCGUUCCACCCUUUCUCAGACUACAGCUGCUGCAAGAGGCAGCAAAACAUCCUUUCAUUUUACAGUUUUAGUUUACUAAUAUAUGUAAAACUCUCCACAAGCUUCAAAACCAGCCACAACUCAGCCCUGAUCAGAGUGACUGUCUGCCAUUAACCAAUCAAUGGACUGCAGUGUUCACAGCUCCACCUUUUAGUACCAGAUCUGUGUGUCAGGUACUCCAACAGAGGCGAGACCAAAAUGGGGACGGUACUGAACGCGUCCAUUGGUACCAUCCACAACUUUUCACAUCAGAAACAGAAAAACAGCGGAACUGAACUGUACGGUACUGCUUGGUGGAAACAGGGCUUUAGUGUGAUCGAAAAGAUUUUCAGUGACAAUGUGGAAAAGAUUUCAUGAGAUUUCAGAACAAGACUCGAGCAAGUCUUGGUCACAAUAACGACGACGAGUUAAAGGUAAAGAAAAAAAAUUCUCUGUUGCUUUUAAUAACCAAUACCAAACACUUCCCAGUGGACAGUUGCCUGUAGGGACUACAUGCAGCCUGUUGCACCACUGCAGCUCUCAGUGCUGGACCAGUUUCAAAAAUUGUUGCUCUCAUUAGUCACUUAGACAGAAAACAUGAGAAAAUAGACCCAGGUUGAAACAAAUCAAAAUUUCCAUUUAAAGCCUCCAGUUAAAUCAUCAGCACUUUAAGCUUUAUUUCCAACAGAGUCUGAUCUCUUCUGCUCGAGUCAGGACCGAACUAACGUUUGUGCGUGACGUUUGUACACUGAAAUGUGUUGUUCACCCUGUGUUUAAAAAAGAAAAGACGGGUUCAAGUUUAGAAGCUUUGAAACUGCAAGAAAGAUCACAGAAGGCUGACCGUGUUUAGGUGUACCUACAUACAGUACUGUGAUGUUCAUUGUGCCUAAGAUGACACAUUAGCUGCUUCUCUUCACGCCCUCUAGGCUCCCUCUGAAGCAUCAAUAUUUCCUCAUACAUUUUGACAAUACAAGAUAAAAGUUGUAAAACCCCAAAAGGCCCUGCAUCACACCUUAAAAACAAGGCUACACUAAAAUAACUUCCUUUUUGAAAUACGUCACCAUGGUUUUGCGAUAAACGUACAAAGACACAGAAGCUCUGCCUUGUGAGUUUUUCUGUGGAGGUCACACUGGAGAUUAAAUCCGUCUGAGGAGAGAGAGAGAGAGGUCUUAUGUUGCACAGUCUGUAGCAUGCUGAGGGAAUGAAGCACUUAAGAAAUGACAAUGUUACUGUAUGCAGCCAUAACUGUAUCAUUUAAAUAAUAUGCCUAGUAAUCUUUUUUCUUCCAGAGUAUGGUUAGCAGAAGAGAGAAGCUUUAGUGUGAAAAAUAAGACUGAAUAUCUACUGUAAUGAUCAAGUAGUCCUUUGACUUUCUUCCUUGUGCCUGCAUCAGUGUGUGUCACAGAGUACGGGGAACAUUUAUGUUUUUGUCGGGUUGAUAUUGUAUUGAGCUCAUUUCACACAGAUGUAGGACAGGGAAGGGACAGUUGCACAACUAUUUGGCUUAAAAGUUGACGUGAGAGAAUUAUUGUGCCGUUUUUAGUUUGAUUUUCAUUUAUCAAGAGCAUCAUAUAAGUAUUGCUUAUUUUAUUUCUGAAGGAAUCUAUUUUGUAUUGUUUAAAAAAGGAAAGUGUGAACGUUGCUGUCCUUUAUUAUUUGAAUGUCUUUGUAGUGUUGCAAAAUUAAGGGGAGAUUAAAACACUUUU